CAGGGGUCAUGCAUACUUAUAGGAAAUUCAGGGCUGAAUGAGAAACAUCUCCUACAAGCUUUACCCAGUGCUCAGCUGGACACUGAUAGAAGUCACAAGACUUCUCUAACUGCUGAUGAGAAAAUGUAUUUAGCAGUUUAUAUUUACUACAAUUAUUGCAUUUUCAUGUGUGUGUACUGUGGGAGACCAGAUAUAGUGAAUGCAGGGUCCAGGGUUUAGUGACACUUUAAUGAAGAAUAAGGUAAUAGGCAGGGGUAAGGAGGGGCUAAUCUACAUACUCAGGAAACUCUGGCCAAUCCCCAAGCAGGAAGAUUGGCAU